CACUAGUACGAAAUUCGAUAAGCUAGAAACGUUCCGUUUAUGUUUCCCUCCAUGCACGUAAAAUUGAUAACAAACAUGUACUAUUUCUUAUCAAAAAAAAAAAGUAAAAUACAAACUCACUGUUUAUAAUGAAAUAAUUUGUUUACUUACACAUUUAAAUUGUUCAAGCUAGUUGUCUGUAGUCGAAACUUAAACAAUCAUGGGCCGUAUUAGAAAAAGAGAUCCAAGAGCCAAAAAAUAUAAGAUUCUCAAUCAAAAUGAUUUAGAAUCGGCCAUUCGCUGCAUAAAGGCACGACAAAUGACCUAUAGAGAAGCUAGUGAAGUAUAUGGUAUACAUUAUUCAGUACUUUUCCACCAUGUCAAAAAUCCAAACAUGAAGGCACAAGGUGGACAAACAGCACUUUCCACUGAAGAAGAAAAUCAUAUAGUAUCAUGCCUGUCUCUUUGUGCAGAAUGGGGCUAUCCAUUGGGUAGGUAUGAUAUUAGAAUGGUGGUGAAAGGAUACCUGGAUCGACGUGGUAAAAAGGUGAGGCAAUUCAAUAAAAACAAUUUACCUGGAAAGGAUUGGGCAAAUGGUUUUCUGACUAGGCACAAAACAAAACUUGCACUCAGAUUAUGUCAAAAUAUAAAACGUUCCAGGGCAGCUAUAACUAGAGAAACAUUAAAUAAUUACUUUGACAACCUGGAGAUCUCUAUGGAUGGAAUUCCUCCUAGUCAUAUUGUUAACUACGAUGAAACCAAUCUAACCGAUGACCCGGGUAAACGUAAAGUAAUUACAAAGUGUGGAUCGAAAUACCCUGAACGUGUUAUGAAUAACAGUAAAGCUUCUACUUCAGUAAUGUUUGCUGCUGCAGCUAAUAGAGAACUCCUACCUCCAUAUGUUGUAUAUAGAUCAAAACAUAUAUGUGAUACAUGGAGAAUUGGUGGUCCUAAACAUACCCGUUUUAAUCGAACAAAAUCUGGUUGGUUUGACAGUUUUUGUUUUGACGAUUCGAUUAAAACAAUUGCUAUUCCAUAUCUAUCCAAACUUUCUGGGACAAAAAUAUUAAUUGGAGAUAUUUUUUNUUGA